GAGAUAAGAACCAGCUCAAAACCUCCUGGCCCCGUUUGCAAGCUCCAGCCACCUUCACCUCCCCCUGGGGCUCGUCUCGUUCCGGCUUUACCUCUGCAGAGGGAUGGGGCUGCUGCUGAAGAUUCUCAUCCCUUUGCUGGGAGCAGCACUGGCCUUUUAUUUUUACUCAGCACCCGAGAACUUUAGUGAAGAGCUGCUCCGGGGCAAGCGGGUGAUCGUGACAGGAGCCAGCAGCGGCAUCGGGGAGCAGAUGGCAUAUCACCUGGCACGGAUGGAGGCACACCUGCUGCUCACAGCACGGACAGAGGCCAGGCUGCAGAAAGUUGUGGAGCGGUGCCUGGAGCUCGGCGCUGCCUCCGCCCGCUACAUCAGCGGCUCCAUGGACAACCCCGCCCUGCCCGAGGAGGUGCUCAGGGAGGCUGAGAACACCUGGGGUGGCCUGGACAUGCUCAUCCUGAACCACAUCGGCCAGAGCAGCUUCACCUACUUCAGCGGGGACGUGGGGCACGUCCGCAGCCUCAUGGAGACCAACUUCCUCAGCUACGUGGCCCUGGCCACGGCUGCCCUGCCCAUGCUGAAGGAGAGCGAGGGCAGCAUCGUGGUGGUUUCGUCCAUAGCAGGUAAAAUUGCUGGCCCUUUUACCGCUCCCUAUUCCGCCACCAAGUUCGCCUUAGAUGGAUUUUUCAGCUCCUUGAGGCAGGAGCUCGUCAUAGACAAGGUCAACGUCUCCAUCACGCUCUGCAUCCUGGGCUACAUCAACACAGAGAGCGCCGUGCGGGCCGUGUCCCACGUCAUCCCGGACACCCCGGCCCCCAAGGAGGAGUGCGCCCUGGAGAUCAUCCGGGCCGGGGCUCUGCGCCGCAGGGAGCUGCACUACCCCGCCCGGGCCAUCAGCAGCAUGCUGCUCCUCCGCAGCCUCGCCCCCGAGCUCGUGGACUCGCUGGUCCGCAGCAGCUACCGCCUGGAGAACGUCCGGAGAACAUAG